AUGAGCAGUGUUCCCUUUGAAAGUAAAGCGUUAGUACAUCAAACUUCAGUGAGGGCUACAACGGCAGGGUUGAUCAUAGGAUCGCUGGUUCUGAUUUCUAACUUCCAGUUUGGGCUACAAACCGGAUGGGUAUCAAUGAUGUCGUUGCCCUCAGCGUUGCUGGCAUGCGCUAUCUUUAAACAGGUCCUACCAAAACUUUUCGCUGACAUGGCACCUUUCACAGACGUGGAAAACGUGUACAUCCAGUCCCUAGCCGUUGCAGUCGGUACGGGACCGCUUGCAUACGGAUUUGUGGGUGUCAUACCUGCAAUUGAGAACUUUUUGACCACCGAAGAAUCAGGGUUCACUAGAGAACAAGGCGCGCCCUUCACGUUCCAACAGCUAUUGCUGUGGUCUCUAGCACUAGCAUUUUUCGGCAUUUUCUUCGCCAUCCCGCUUCGCAAACAGGUUAUUGUGCGGGAAAAAUUGCGUUUUCCCAGUGGCAGUGCGACCGCCACUCUGAUCGCCAUUCUGAACAACUCCGAGAUUUUGCAAGAAAUCUCACCGUUAGAACUACAAGAACUGCGGGAAAGAAGACUACGCGAGUAUAGUGAUGUUCUGUCAAGUGAUGAGUACCGUUUGUUGGGGCAGGACGACCAGCCAAACUUGGGAAUAGAAGAAGAAGGAACGUCUCCUAGCGAAUCAGAAGAUUUCAACAGAGGAAGUCACUAUGGGGCUACCCCGGAUAUCCCACCGACCGUUAACGACUCCAAGUCAACGUAUGAGAAAAACAUUGCAAUUCUAGUCAAAACGUUUGCCGUUUCCUCCCUAUAUACCAUCCUUUCCUACUUCCUGCCAGCGAUAAAAGCUAUUCCCAUAUUUGGGAAUCGACUCUCGAAAAGCUAUUUGUGGAAUUUACAGCCGUCUCCUGCAUAUAUUGGUCAAGGUAUUAUCAUGGGAAUGUCAACUGUCGUCUAUAUGCUUUUGGGCUGUAUCUUAGGCUGGGGCGUGCUUGCACCUCUCGCUCGCUACAAAGGAUGGGUUGACCCAGAUGCAGACAUAAACGAUUGGGAAAAAGGUGUGCAGGGCUGGAUUCUGUGGUCAUCUUUAGCCGUGAUGGUGGUCGACUCAGUUGUUGGGUUCAUUGUCUUCACUACAAAGUCAAUACUUAGAUUCUGCCUUCGUGACGACAAACGGAUAGCCCUGGAGUCUAUGAUUGAUGACUCUUUACAAUCUAUGCUUUUGGAAGAAGAGAGAAUAAUAAACAGAGAAAGCUCUGGCGCGGGUCGCCGCCGCAGCACCGUCAAGCUGGUCAGCUCGGACCAAGACCACGAAGUAGACUCAAGGCAGUUAGUGAAACUGACCACAGUUAUCAGCGGCCUUGUUGUGUCCUCGAUAAUAUGUGUUGUAUGCAUGACCUAUCUUUUUGGAACCCACAUCGUCCCACUGUCAUCUGUGUUUAUUGCGCUGAUAUUAGCCCUCUUCUUGUCAGUGCUUGCGGUGAGAGCACUAGGCGAAACUGAUUUGAACCCCGUUAGCGGCAUAGGGAAACUGUCUCAGUUAGUGUUUGCUAUCAUCACACCUCGUUCGAUGAAAGGGGGGGUUCUUUUAAACCUAGUUGCUGGUGGAAUUGCCGAGGCAGGCGCUCAGCAGGCCGGAGAUUUGAUGCAGGACUUGAAAACCGGCCACUUACUGGGCGCUUCUCCAAGGGCCCAAUUCUUUGCUCAGCUUAUUGGGGCGUCAUGGUCUGUCGUACUUUCCAGCGUAAUCUACAUCCUUUACAAUCGCGUUUACGAGAUACCCAGCGCACAAUUUAGAGUCCCAACAGCAGUGAUAUGGAUUGACUGUGCGCGACUAGUGACGGGCGAAGGCCUUCCGGAUAAAGCUCUUGAAUGCACAAUUGUUUUGGGGAUCAUUUUCGGCAUUUUGUCGCUGAUAAAAAACCUGUAUCGCGACAACGGGUACAAAUGGCUGAUUUGGAUACCGUCCGGCGUUGCAGUGGGGGUUGGAAUUUACAACGCACCAAGCUUCACCCUCGCAAGGUUCAUUGGAGGAUGCUUUGCACACGUUUGGCUCCGGACUCAUCGUGGAGACACGUCUGCCAAAACGUCGAUGAUCGUGUUUAGCUCUGGUCUCGUACUGGGAGAAGGUAUCUGCAGCAUUUUCAAUAUGAUUUUUGCAGGAUACCAUGUGCCACACUUAUAG